AUGUCGUGCCAAGUAGAAGGAACCGCCCUGAUCACCGGAGCUGGCUCGGGUAUCGGAGAGCAGACAGCCCUGCACCUCGCUACGAACGGCAUUUCAGCACUGACCUUGGUGGACAUCGAUCCGUCGGGCCUGGACCACGUGCACCAGGCCUUGCAAGCAAGCCACCCGACUGUGCAGGUGCUUGUCGUGCGGGCGGAUGUAACCGAUGAAGCAGCCGUGGAAGCCGCCUUCCAAGAGACCGUGGCUGCGUUCCAGAGAGUGGACAUUGUCAUCAACGCGGCUGGCGUUGGCCAGCCCUUCCAGUCAACGCCUGACCUGAGCAAGGAGGACUGGGAGAAAGUCAUUCGAGUGAACUUGACCGGGGUAUGGCUAUGCCAAAGGGCUUCUAUUCGACAGAUGCUUGCGCAAGAACCCCGUAGUGCCCGACAAGGCCGAGGAGUCAUCGUCAAUGUCGCAUCGGCCUUGGGACUUACGACACCGUCGACUUUGCUCCCUACUACAGCUUAUGUAUCUUCCAAACAUGCGGUUAUGGGAUUGACAAAAUCGGAUGCCAAGAUCUACGCCGCAGAGGGAAUUCGUAUAAAUGCAGUGUGCCCAGGCUGGUGUCGGACUCCCUUGAUCCAGUCAGAGCUGGACUCCGGUGAGCUGUCUGCAGAGAUCCUCAGCGCCCCUGUGCAGAGAGUAGCGGAGGUUGAAGAGAUCGCGAGCGCGAUCCUAUUUCUGGCGUCGUCAAUGAGCAGUUUUGUCUAUGGGACCGGCCUCAUGGUUGACGGGGGGUACAGCUUGUGA